CAUGCUUUCUUACUGUGGUCUGUUGUGACUGUGAAGUAGCUUGAGGUUAGGGCAAAAAGUUGUAUUGUUUAAACUGUGGUUUCAGUUAUAACAAUAAUUUUUAGUUUACUUUAAUGUUAACUUUUUCAUAAUUCAUUUGUUUUAACUACAAUUUUCUAAAAUGUGGGUGCCAGAGACAUGGGAAACUGAGGAAGACAUCCAAAACGAUAUUGUUUUGAUGGCAGAAUACUGUGUGCCUGUAAAAAAUAAGAAAACUUUGCCUGCUAGAAAAAUUCCAGAUACGAUUUUGCAAUACAAGAAACAGAUGGAAGAAAAUAAACGAAAACCUUUGAAUAGUGAUAUUGACGACACUGUUUCUUAUGUUGUAAGCGGCAGAGGAAGAGGAAUUAAAGAUAGAGUUAUUCGCCCAGGUGAAAUCGUUGAUAGCCAUCCCUUAGAUGAAGCUGAACUAAAAAAACAAAUUAGACAGGUAUGUGGAUUUGGCUAUUCAAAUGAAUUGAUUGAAAAGUCUAUUAAAGCCAAAGUUUAUGAUCCCAAAAACGAGGGUGAAAGUGAUUCUAAUUUUAAGUUAGUUCCUUCAUUAUCUUCCAGUGGCCGAUCUUCAAAUGAAAAUACUCCAAUAAAAAAAACCAAACCUGCUAAAAGUAAUUUUUCAGAACAAUGAAUGUGCUUUAUUAUAUUAUUCUGUUUUGUUUUUCGAAUUAUAGGGUACCUAGGUCUAGGUUAAUAAUUGUGCACUUACUGGGUUAAGAUUUAUCUAUACUACUUUUCAAAACAUUGUAAUAAAAGCACUAUGUAAUUUAUUUGGAACAUGUCGGUGGCUAAGCGCACCUUUAGUUUAUGUUCAAUAUUUACGAUUUCGAGUAAUACAUUUCGAAACUUG